AUGGUAGACAAAAGGGACCUUAGUCCCAUAUCCAAGAUGUUUAAAGUGGGGAGAUUCUCAGAAAAGACAAUAAGGAAAGCAUCGGAGACCAUAACCGGAGGUGAAGAUAGUUCUGACCGUACUUUGGCUGGUUUACUCAAAGUUGUUGCGGUUAAUCAGUACGGGCUUAGAGGGAAAGUUAUCAAACUUGCUUAUGACAGUGUUCAGGGGUUAAUGGCCGCUGCGACCGAUGCAGGAGAGAUUCACAUUUUUGGCCAACAGCAAAUAGACGUAAAGCUGAAUACAGAUCGAGAGGCGCAGGCGAGAGAAAUGGUGUUUGUAAAUGGUCGUUACUUAACACUUGUUGACACAAAAGAUAGGAUUAUUACAAUAUCAUUGGAAUCCAAGACCUUCUUGAAGUCUAGCUUACUACCUGCCAGUGUGUCCUGCAUUGCAACCGACCCCAUGUUAACGUGGAUUUUAUUGGGGUUGGAAGAUGGCACUGUGAUACCAUACGACGUUGCAGAAUGUACACUAUCGAACUACAUUGUGAAAAACUGGCAAGUAAUCAAGUUUUUCAAAGAGAGUAAAAGCUCCAAAGUGAUUUCGCUACAAUGGAAUCCAAGAGACCUGAACACUAUUUUGAUAUCGUACAGCCAUGUAUCGAUGACAUACUCCUUAACGGAGAGGAAGAUAAAACAGCAUUUUAUUUACAACAUACCGCCCUUUGCACCUGGUGGUGACUACUCCACUAAUGUGAAAAUCAAGAGAACGCCUAAAGUCAUUCAAUCAUUGUUUCAUCCGAACUCUCUCUUUAUACUUACCAUACACAGCGAUAACUCUUUGGUAUUUUGGGAUGCAAAUACUGGGACCCUAAUAGAAGCUAGAACUUUGUUUGAUGAUGGCAUAAAUAUUCCAGUCCCAGGGCUACAAUCGAAAGACGUAAUACCGUCUCUACCACAUAUAAAAAAGGCGACAUGGUUGUGCGAAAGGGAUAGUGAGUAUACGGCCUUGCUGAUUGCAAACGGGCCUUCUGAUACAGACAGUAAUAGUCAAAGUUUAACACUAAUGGAUUUUGGGAAAACGCCGCUCUACUCUUUAAACUCUUAUGAGAGUGUGAGUAACUAUUUCAUCAACGCUAAGAGACAGAAAUUGUUCCCCAUCCUCAACAGCUCCCCUGUAAAAGACAUUCUACCCAUGGCUACAUCUUCGCCUUUUUUUAAUGGGGCCCACGAUCCAAAAGUUAUUUCCGUUUUACUGGAAAACGGUGAAAUAGAAACAUUAUUUUAUCCUAUUGGGGUCUUUGCAAGUACAACAUCCCUAUUUCCACAGGGGCUAGACUGGGUAAGACCUAUUUCAACACUAGUAUAUGGUGUUUCCAUUUCCGAAGAAUCGUGGCUGAAUAUGACCGCCGUCGCUCCACCUUCAACUUGCGUUCUAACGGGCGGCAUACCGUCGAAAAAGGUUGUCCCAGUCAGAAAGAAAUCCUCCUCGCUGUUAUUUACGGGCCACUCGAACGGGUCUGUGCGUAUCUGGAAUACCAUGAUAGGUGUUGGAGACAAUAACACUGUCUUUGAGGUAAAUGCUGCAGAUGUUUUGAACGCUGCCCAUUCCAAAAGUGUUGAAAUGAUUUCUUUUUCACCUGAGAAUUUAUCGAUGGCAGUAGCGAUUAAAACAGGGGAUGUUGUUGUGUAUAAGUUUGGUGAUAACGAGUAUUACAGUGUUGACGAUGGGUUUCAAGAUGAGAAAUUGGCCACAAAAUUUCGGCGGUUUUCGUUGAACGAUUUCACAGCAUCUGUUGUUGAUGUCAGUGACAGAGCACCUUUGCAACUUAAAUUUGGAUUCAUGCCCCAGAUAGCAAUCAAAUCCCAGAAAAGAAAUGUGACUGCGUUGUGUAUCAGCAACAUCGAGUUUCUUGCGAUUUCCUAUGAUGAUUCCUCCCUGAUAGUCAUUGACCAACGAAACUCAGAAGUAAUAUUCGAUAAAAGGUUGAAAGAGUUGAAUGACCUCAAGACAAGCAACUAUGUUACAUCACUCAAUUUCUCCAUUAUGGUGUGUGGAGAAGAUAAUUACUCAAGUAUACUACUACUUUGUGGUACCAAUACUGGAAGCAUCGCCGUUUUCAAAGUGCUCCCCCAUAAGGAUAGCUUUAGGCAAGAUUACGUUAAAGCAAUUCAAAACAUAGUGCCAGGAGGCGUGAAAAAAAUCUGUACACUCAAUGAAAUAACAUCUGACAGUUGCGAUGCCACAAUGUGGGUCAUGUCUAAGUUAGUCCAGGGCCCAAUGAUCAACGGAUAUAUUAUUGCUUUGGGUGCAAAAGAUCUCUGUCUCUUCCGGGUCGGUAAAACCAAAAAGACUGUGAAGAGCUUUGAUGUUCCUAUUCGCGACGCUGGAGUUUGUUCCACACGGACUAACAAUGGUUCAACGAAAAUUAGCGUAUUUGUGCUUCUGCUGACUGAUGGGAGCUUAAAAAUCCUUUCCCUACCUGACAUGAAGCUAAUAAAUACUCUACAACAUCCCUCAUCGCUGGACGGGAUCAGAGACAGCUCCAUACUCAAUACAGGAGAAAUACUGGUACGAAAUGGCAGAUACCAUGCCUCUCUUUUAUCGAUUUUUGCGGAGGAUCAAAUUACAAAAGUGCCAAGUAAUUCUGAUAUUAUCUUCUCCGCCGAUGCUUCUUUACCUAACCGACCUCAGGUUAAUUCGUUACAGUGGAUGAGGGGGACAGGGUAUAUUACUGAAAAACAGAUAAGCGACCUGUUUGCGGUCAAAUUGCGCCAAUUCAAUAGUGGUCAAUCUCCGGUACUCCUGCCGGCGGUCGGAGUUUUUGGCGGUGGAGAGAGCAAUACGAACCGUGGCUUAAACAGGGCCGAUUCGACUAAGAGAUACUCCCUAACGAAUGAUAUUUUGAAGAAGAGUUCUCCGUCUACUCCGAAGAGGUACAGUUUAACAAACAACUUGUUUAGGAAGGCCUCUAGACGUAUGGAACGUCAUUGGGACUCAGUGGAGGACAAAAUUGAUGAUUACACGACUGACUUGGGAGAAGGACUCAACGAUAUGGUCCAAGAUACUGGCAAGGGUGUUGUGAGGUCCUCAUUUAUGUAA